GAGAGAGCGAGGGAGAGAUAGAGAGCGAGGGGGGGAGGUAUGGAUUCAUGUUUGAGCGGAUCUGACCUUCGCUCAUGUUAAAGUUUGUAACACUUUCUCCUCUCAGUGAACUUGUUAACCCCCCCAGACUCCGGCGGGUGCUUUGGGGGGCUGGAGGACUCUCUUCCGCCGCGGUGUCCGCCGCUCGGUGCCCUUCAGGAAUGCAAUUUACAGGAAACGCAGCGCGCUGCUCGUUACACGUCCUCCUCUCACUUUUUCCUUAUCGGAGAGUCAUAAAUGAAUGAAGGAAAUGCGCUCGUGAAGGAGGGAUCGUUUUCUGAAGUACGGUCCCGGAGCAGCAGCCGGGCUGACGACACAGGCGCACAGGGGUGAGCGAACCCCGUCACCGGACAUGGAGAACGGGGUCCGGGCGGGAGGAGGUGGUGGAGGAGGGUGGGUGCUGGUGGAGGCCCGGCUGCAGGGAGGUGCGCCGUGGGGCUUCACCCUGCAGGGCGGCCUGGAGCACGGAGAGCCGCUGAUCAUCUCCAAGGUCGAGGAGGGGGGCAAGGCGGACAGCUUGGAGCAGCCUCUGCUGACUGGGGACGAGAUCAUCAUCAUCAACGAGGUGGAGCUGACCGGAUACAGACAGGAGGCCAUCGCUCUGGUCAAAGGAUCAUACAAGACUCUGCAGCUCACCGUCCGCAGGGAGUUUGAUCCAGGAUACAUCAAGGAGUUUGAUUAUCCACAUCCCUCCCUCCUUGCCCUCCCUCCUGCUCCUUCAUAUUUUCCUCCUCCAUCUCUAACACCACCACCACCACUGCAACAAAAACAACAAACACCGUCAUCUCACCAGAGCAGACCAUGUUCAGGUGGAGGAGUCCAACUACGCAUCAAGAACAGACGCAGUGACCCGGCGUCCCGGCCUCACUCGUGGCAUUCAACGAAGCUCGGGGAAGGUCAGCAGCCCCCGGAUCAGGGAGGGAUGGGCACCAUGAGCAGCUCCUGGCACCACAGCUACCACGCCAGCGCCUCGACCACCGACCUGUCCGGUGGGUUUGAUUCUGGCGGCAACUACCUGAGGAAGAGUCCGGACCAGUACAGCUCUAGGGGCAGCAUGGAGAGCCUGGACCCCCCUCAGUCCUCACAGCAUCACUCCGGAGCUCAGCAUCACCACCCACUGGGCAACCACACCCACAGCGGCCCCCACCCGGCCUACUCCUCUUGCCACCAGCUGUCCUCUGGCAGGUCCUCCAACAGCAUCGACCACCUCCACAGCAAACGGGACUCUGCCUACUCUUCGUUCUCCACCAGCUCCAGCAUCCCAGAGUACCUUGCCUCCAACCCCUCCUCCAGCCCGGAGCGCUCCUAUUCGCUGGAGAGCGUCCCUCAGAGAGAAGGAGGAAGUGGAGAGAUGCAGCAGGCUGAUAUAUGUUACGGCCGGAUGGGGUACGAUGCCCAGCAGGGACACGAGCUGAGCUCCGCCCCCAGCGCCUUGCUACCUAACAGUGAUUCCAGAGGCGGGGGAGGUGAUAGGCCAGGGCCCAGCCGAGAUGUGCAAGGUUCAGUGGGCGGGGUCUGUUACCGUGGAAGCAGCGGUGGCAGCAGCAGCGGUGGCGCACCGGUUUCAAACAGACACAGUGUGGGUCCGAUCUGGGGCCUACCAGCCAGCCGCAGCUCCUACGAAAGCCUGAAGGGGGCGCCCGCUCCGCCGAGGCGCAGUGACAGCUACACGGCCAUCAGGAACCACGACAGACCCAACUCCUGGUCCAGUCUGGAUCAUGCACGCUCCCUGCGGUCUCUGCAGAAAGGUUCCUGGCAUCACUCCAGUGGCCCUGUGGCCUCAAGUUCAGCUAAAGGCUCGUACGGCGCCGAGGGGCAGCUCCACACCGUGAUAGAGAAGAGUCCAGAGAGCAGCCCCACCACAAAGCCUCGCCAGGGUGGAGGCCUUCCUCAGCCCUCUUCCCCUACUGGACCCUCCCCUACUGGACUUCCCGACAGUAUCCCUCAUUGUGGCCGGCUCAUUCUGCCCACGGGCGUGAACCCCGUCCCACAGCCGGAGCCCCACUAUGUGCCCAGCACCAGCCACGGGCCAAAGCCCUCGGGAGCCUACCCAGCUCCGUGCGAGGAGGGCGCACGACUGCAGCAGCAGCUGCAGGGUGACGCAGGGAGAGAGGAAGGAGCAACAGAGAGGCGGAGGGAUGGAAGGAUGUCAGCUAAUGAAAACGGAUACCAAAACCACAUUUCCCUACACCCCUAUUCCUCUCCUUCCUCAUGUGCCUCUACACAGACAGACAGGCGUCAACAGGAAGACUGUAACUCAGAACUCCACAAACUCCACAUGAAAACUGCUGGAGAGGAAUCGAAGGUCCAGACAGGGACUCAAAGGCUCCCAAACCACCUGGGACCUCACAGUCAGAGCUUCCAAGGGCCCCAUAUUCAUACAAGCCAGAGAACCCACAGCCAUGUGUUCCAGGAACAGAAACAGGAUUUACAUGUUGCCCACAUCCAAUCGACUGCUGAAUGCCGGCCACCCUCCUCACAGCGGGGGGAGCCCUGCACACCGCUCCAGUCCAGGGGAGACAACAGCAGAUCAAUGGAGCAGGCCAGCAAUUAUUCAGAGCCCAUGGCAUCAUCCAGGCUCCCCCAGGGACAAGUUAGCCAGUCCUACCCUCAGCCUCCGGCUCUGUAUCCCUCUGCCUCCCAUCCUCAUCCCCGUCACUUAAGUGACUCAGCAGCUCUGCAGUACCAGCACUGGGACCACCAAGAGUGGGAAAAAGACAGAGAACACCCACUGACUCGUCUGGAGAAUGCCCUUGCUGAGGUUCAGCGAUGCGCCAGCCCCAACAGUGUAGUUUCUUCCAAUAGCCAUGGCAACAGCAGCCUUGGCGAUGGCAGCCAGGGGCCCGUCCGCAGCCUCUCUGUCCUGGAGAAGGUCAGUUGUUUUGAGCGUCGGGAGCGCACCAGAAAGCAGCGCAGUCACAGCGCUAUCAAGAUGACUGAGAAAGGCUCCAGCUCCCCUUGUGGAGCAGAUGACCUCAGAAACAUGCUGGAGAGAAGCAAUAGCAGAACUAAAGCCCACAGGACCAUGAGCUACAGGGGAGGCAACAGCGAACAAAUGAAAUACAGGACCCCUGCGGAUCCCAGUGCAGCUCUCCGGAGGAGCAUCAGCACCUUCAAUCUUGAUGAAUCCAGGGCGAAGGAAAGCAGGAAAGACUUUCCCCGGACACAGGACGUCCAAGAGAUCUCCAUGCAGGACACGUCCCUCAACAGAUCUUACAGGGACUCUUUGAAAGAUGCACAGUCCAAGGUCCUGCGGUCCACCUCCUUCAGAAGGAAAGACCUCAGUUCCUCAAUCAGCCCUACACCUCCUGUAGCCCCUUCUCCGUUCUCCUCCUCCAGCAGCCACCUGGCUCCACCUGUGACAGCCAAGCACCAUUCCCUGGAGAAAAUAGGCCCCAAAACCAUGCCCAAACCACAGGGCAUUGUUAUCACACCACAGUCGGUCACUACCCUUCACACUCCGAAGGAGCGCCACGUGGUCAGCCAGGAGACCAGAGGCCCGAGCCCACCAGCCCUUCCUACUGUCCCGCCAGUCGGUCCUUCUGCUCUGACCCGGAUCUGCGGCCGCAGGCGUCUGACAGUGGACCAGAAGAAGCGAUCGUACUCUGAGCCAGAGAACAUGAACGAGGUCGGAGUUACAGAUGCAGAGACUGCUGCCCUCUUCAGGCGUGGAGGAGAGACCAGCGUGGCAGACCGGCGCAAGAUGUUUGAGCUUGUGGCGAGUCGUUUUGGGGGCGGGGCUCUGCAAAAUGCAACGUCAAGACCCGACCUGCGACAGCUUCAACAGGACGCUCUGGCUGAAUACGUGGAGAGGAAGAGAAGCGUGAAAAAACGAGAGAAGGGAGAACAGAGGAGUGGACUGAGGCCGCGUAGUGCAUAUCUACCGCCUGAAGACAGCAACUAUACAGACACCCUAAGCCUUUCCUCCGCCUCCAGCUUGAUCUCCCUCCAGGACUCCGGUGCAGAUCGGAUCUUCUCCUCCGGGGAGAGGCGUCUCUGCUCCACCCUCCCUCCUGGAGCCGACCAGCACAGCCUCAACUCCAACUUCUUCUACCCGGGCAGGGUGACCAUUCCGAGGGCCCCAGAGCACCCUUCUUCAGGUGCCCCAUCCCCUGAGCCCAAGGCCCAGAUCCUCCAACAUAUCAGACAUGAAGCAGGGAUUGGAAGAGACCUGGGUCUGGACCCCCCGCAGCUGGCCGCAGGGCCUCAACCCUUUGUGCAGAGGGCCGGGACACCUCGGGGCUCCGGGUUGUCGGCCUCUGCCGAGGAUCUCCUGGAGACGUUUGACAAGAAACAAAUGACUCCUCAACACCAGCGCUCCCGUUCCUCCCCCACAGUAGAGAGUCUGAGCCAGGACUUUGUCUCUGAGCCGGAUCGCCGCUCUCUGGACAGACUUGAAGAAGUGGAGCUAUCGGGAGGGCUCUUCCCUCUGCGAUACUCCCAAAGCAGUCUGGACACUGUCCAGCCUGCAGGACCUUCACAAGUUCCAACGAUCUUCAACUCCUCCCGGGCCCUUCCUUGUGUUCUGAUCCCAGACGCUGGCCCCUCCCACACACCUGUCCCUCGCCGGGAGCGACAGAGAUACAGCGAGCGCCCGCGGACCCACAGCACUUCCACCUUGGCGGCCUCCGUCGGCCUGCCAUGCCCCCUCUCCCCUCCUGGGACUCAGGACAGAGGCGGCGCGGGGUGGCAUACUCCCGAGAGGCUGAGCCAGGCUGACCUGGACGCCAUCACCUUUCCAAGCACCCCGCAACCCGGCACAGGCGAUGGCGAUGGUUGUAACCCUAGCGGCCGCAAGACGAGACACAGUUUGAGUGACGCUGGCAUGGUAGAAGACACCACUAGGGACGUGUGGACAGGGCGAACCUUCAGUUUGGAGGCGGUUGAAGGGUAUUCUGAGGAAAACGGUAGACACAUUUUGCCAGCGAUGGCAGACAGGAAGCAGAGCAGCAGCAUGUCAUCGUCGCCUCCCUCGUCCUCCCAGCCCCUGGCAUCUCUGCGGAUCUCCGAGUCGAGUUUCUUCGGCCCCGCUGACCAGCAGCAACCACCGCAAUCCUCCGUAGGCCUAUCACAGGAGGACUGCGAUGAGGUCUUCCUCCAAAAUCCUCCGUCACCUCCUCCGCUAAUCAAAGAGACAAACGUCUUGGAGGAAUUCCCUCCACCUCCACCCCUCGAAUUUGACCAGGAAGCUGCUAUGGAAAGCAUGGAGGUCUCAAACCCCUCCACCAUUGCCAUCAGGAAAUCAUCCCUCCACUCCCCUCCGAUAUCUCCUUCCUCCUAUGUCUAUCCUUCGCUUGUGCCUAUCCUCCUUCCUUCAGUCAAGUCAGAACUCUCCACCAUAGCCUGCGUCCCCACAUCUGCCACCACCGAUGACACCCUGGGUCUUGAGUACCAGCCCCUACCCACAAGGGAACAGACUCCCGAAGAGCUGCGAGUGGAGGCGCUGGCCCGGCAGCUGGUGAUGCAGGACAGUUCUCUGGUGCCCCUCCUGGAAACCUGGGGAAGUAAAUCCACUGUUGAGCUUAUGGAAGAGAUCUUUCCAAACAGGAAAUUGGUUGGACAAUCACCACGGCAGCGUAAGGGCAGUAGCCAAUUGGAUUGCAGGAUCCAAGAUGGCGUCUGUGGUCCUGAUCAGAGCACAGCGGCGGGUCUGGAUGAGGAAGGGAAAGACCUGAGCACCAGGAAGCUGGACCUGUGUGAGGCCCUGAGGCGCAGCAUGGAGGCUCUGCAGCAGGAGAAGGAGGCGCUGUGCGAGGAGCACCGAUGCCACCAGGCGCUGGGGGCCAACAUUGACGCCCUGGUGCACGGACGCCUGAAACCCAACGAGAGGGACAAGUACAACGUGUUCAUCGGAGAUCUGGAGAGGAUCGUGAACCUGCUGCUGUCGCUGUGCAGCCGGCUGUCGAGGAUCGACAGGUCGCUGCUGGCUCUGGAGAGAGGGGAGCUGGAGCAGGAGGACACGGCGGGCGAGAGGGAGUCCCUCCAUCACAAACGCUCUCUGCUCCUCGGACAGACCGAAGACGCCCGGGAGCUCAAGGAGAACCUGGACCGGCGGCAACGCGUCGUCCACGCCAUCUUGUCUGGCCACCUCGCCGAGCCGCAGCUCCAAGACUACCGGCUCUUCGUCAGCACCAAACCCUCCCUGAUGAUCCGCCAGCGUCGCGUCGAUGACCUCAUACGGCAGGCGGAGGAGCAGCUGACCCGUCUGGCCGAGGGCCUGCCGCCGGAGCUAGCAGAGGGUCGCGUUCGGGCCGGGGGGAGUCCGUUGUCCUCGUCGGGCGCCGCCCAAUGCCCUCCGCCUUUUCUGGCCUCUGUGAAUUCAGGCCACGCCUACUUAGUGAAGACCACCACUGUGACGUCACUGUGACGUCACAGACAGGCCGUGGUUGCACAUGGCAGCGAAGGAUGGGAAAGACAAGACAAUUGGAGGGAUUUUCCGGACUGAAGGAGCUCCACAUGAAGAAGGAGCCUGAAACGGGCUCCGUUCCCGAUGACACAACUAUGCAGACUUCACACAACAUGCCUCACAUGUUCACACUGUUCAGCCGGCGCUAAGUGAACUAACACUUCCCAUGAUUCUCUGUUCUGAGAGGGGUUUGUGUUUUUUUUUUUUGGGUUGCAAGUUUAUUGUCAAAUACUACAAAAGAACAACUUAAAACACUUAAUGUGUUUCUUUCAAUGUCCCUCUCAGUAAAGACUAAAGUGACAAUUCCAAGCUGUAAAUGUAAAUGUCAGCUUAAAUGUAUCCUCCAUUUUCCAGAUAGCUUGGAAAGCUAGAGGACCCCCGAGGGCUUUAAUAGAUCCGUUAGACAGCAGCUCAAAUUAGAAUGAAAAGGAUCAGACAUUUCACAAGUCCCAAUCGCUCUGGAGUAGUUCUUUAGCAACCCCGGCCGUGCCUUCAGGAACUUCCAAUAUUCAGACGUUCUCUCAGAAACUCUUUACUCGCAUGACGAAGGGAGCAGGUGUGUUAAUCUCCCCAAGACAAAAUACUAUGUCGUCUUUAGGACAAGACAUUACUCAUCAAACUCUUUCCAGAUUUUAAAACUCAAUAAAUAUACACCAAAAUCGGAGGGACAUUUGUCGUUUAGUUUACGGCUACAACAAGAAUGUGGACUCCAUGUGAACACGAUCACAUGACACUGUAACACUACUACUGUCACUACUGUUUGUCUGGAGCUUCCAGCACUUUCUUUUUUACUGUAGCAGCCCGACUUCUGUUCGCUGCAUUUUUUACACUGAACCAUCAACAUACUUCUACUUGGCAUGAAGAUUUAAAAAAAGUUUUGAUUCCAAAGAUUUUUCACAAGACAUUUUGAUGGAAGACAUCUACUUGGUUUCCGGGAUUUUAAAUUUGAAGUUUUGUUUGUUACAAAAGUAAAUUACACUUUUUUCCCUUUAAGUUUAUUUCAAUCUGCAAUAUUUACGUAAGAGUAAUAUCUCAGUCUGUUUCUUAUUAGCAAGAAUAAGUACCACAAUACACUGUACCAAAAGGUAUUUAAUUUAUUAUGACAUGAAAAGCAGAACAACUUAAGACAGUUAAGCAAUCAUUGGCUGACAAAUGGACUGUCAAUCAUUGGAUUUAUUAAAUUGACUCGUUAUGAUGUCAUGGUUAAAUACCCCAGGCAGACUUAGAUCAAGUCUUUCAGGUUCCCAUCAUAUCCGUUACAAGCUUUCUCACACUGUUUUCUGAUCACAUUUUCAUUUGAUUUCAUUUGUCCUCCUUCUGGAUAUCUGCUAAAUAAAACACUGGUUGUGUCUUUAGUUAUCUGAAGAACCAACUUUGAAGAAAACCCAGUGCCUUGUACUCCACUUCCAUAAGGAAUACUAAUGAUUCAUAUCGAAGAAGUGGAGGCAGACUUUUUUUUGUCACUAGCAUGAAUCAUGCUACAUUUACCACAAUACAACUCAAUAGAAUAUUUGAUAAGACUCUCCAAAUAAAAGUUACGGACGUUUACCAGUUUAUAACAAAGGCUCCGUGAUGACCCUGAUGAUAUCACUGACCUCCUUGGGGCAGUUUUGCCAGGCUUGUCCUCCCGGGCUCCACAGAAGACAGCAUGCAAGUUCAGAGGCCAAUCUUUGUGUUUAACAUUGGUUGACUCCCCCUUUGAUUUAACUAAACGGUCCACCACAUGAAUUUUUAACUGGUUGAAUCAGGACAUAUUUUUUUAUCUGAGAAAGUUAAAAGGUGCAACAGUGAAUACAGAUAUUACAAUGAUAAAAUAGUAAUGAACUAUAAUGUUAUAUCACUCAUCACAAUAGUUAUAUUCAAGUUGUUGUGAAAUCAUUUGCUUUGCAUUGUUUACCUUUGUUGUGCGAGCGCUGUCCUCUGGGGGCUACGUUGGCUCGGUUCUUUCACUGUUUUCCCUUGUCGAGCACCUUCUGAAUACUCUCAGUGUGUCGUGUCCUCCGACCAGGACAGCGCACAGUCCGCCUCGUGUCCUUGGUUGAGCCACAUUAUGAAGUUUGUUCUUGUCAUUUUCCCAGGCACUACAGGAUAUCAAGACAAUUUAUCAUUGAAUGAAAUUCAAUGUUCGCUUUUUGAAAGGAGGACAGUUAAGUAAAAAAAGCUCUGUUUUUUGUUUUGCAAAAUAAAUGUAUUUUGUA